GUUCAACGGCAUGGUUUAAUUUCUUAAACGUACCCAAUGCAACCAGGUCCCUGAACAUCAUUGGAUAAAAAAAUCUUAUUCGGACAGGACUCGUGAAUAAACCGGCCAAGCAGGAAGAGCCGGAAAAGGACACCUUCGUGCUAAAGAGUCUGCUGUCAAAUCCAAGGAUGAAAGGCCACGACAGGCGAGUCUGCCCCUUCGUCAGAACCUGAUUCCGUUGAAGACACGGAUGCAAUAUCAGAAGCAGCUGGCCGGCUCCAACACAAACCGAACCGCAGGUUUGCGAAGCAAUUGAAGUUGACAAAGAGAAGCCAGAUCAAAUGUAACGAAGCCACCAACAUAAAUGUUUUGGAUCUGCGAGUGUACCGUCAACUGCCUUUCCGACAUCGCGCAGAUCCCAACGGACAUCGAGUGUGUCCAGCUCCUGGCGGAGAAGACGGACCUGCGGGAGUUUAUUGACCUGUUGAAACGGUGCUUACGAUCGAACAAGAGCAACGGCGAAGCAAUGAACUGUCCGUUUACGACACUUGCGCAUCUGGUGAACUACGCGCACCGUAACAACGUGAAUGCAUCGGUGGAGGUGAUGGAGGUUUGCUGCCGAAUGGACUCGAUGAUUCAUACGAACGCUCGCCACCCUGAUCACGAACUUUUCCCGAAAGCCAUCGAGAACAUAACCUACACGUUCGACUACCAGGUGUAUCCAAUCAUCCGUGAGCGUGGCUCAAUCCACGAUAACCACAUCAGUACAGUGAUGGCCGUCCGGAAGCCUUUCAGCAUUAGGUUGUGUCGAGCAAACUUUUCGCGCCUGGCUACCAAAUCAUAUCCUGCCCGACCAAGCACGUAG